CCUCAUCUACAGAAGAGCUUGGAAUUCGCCCAGGUACUUGGACUUGUCGAGGCUUGAAAUUGAAUCGAUCGCUUAGCGUGAAGUUCAGUAUCCUCCCUCCCAGAACUCUCCUCACUCGUCGCAAUCGCCCACGUACCUAACUCAUCUCCCCCCCCCGCCGCCUGGGCGUCAAUGGGUCUUUGGCCUACGAAUCCGGGAGAUCGUUCCUCGAUUAGCCACAAAAAUCAGCCCCGUCUCUCCCUUUUCUCCCGCCUGGUGCUCUGCUCCACUCUUCUGUUGGGGAUCAGCGUUAUCAUAAAAUCCCGACACCGUUUCCAUAAUAUUAAUUUCUUCCUACCCCACCAAGCCCCUUCAACCCACGCAUACUCGCACCUCGCCAACAUGUCCUACGAACACGAACGCUACAUUGCUGAACUUGCCGUUCAGCGCGCGACCCUCCUCACGCAGAAGGUGUUCAACGAGAAGGCCAAGGGCACCGUUUCGAAGGAUGACAAGUCACCUGUAACCAUUGGUGAUUUCGGAGCCCAGGCCCUGAUUAUCCAGGCCAUCCGCAAGAACUUCCCUAACGACGAAAUUGUCGCCGAAGAAGAAGCGAGCUCCCUCCGCGAAGAUAAGGCUCUGAGUGCUGAGAUUUGGAGAUUGGUCAAGGACAUCAAACUGGAGGAUGCUGAGAGCAAUGAGCUUUUGGGAGGCUCUCUGCCAAGCGAGGAGGCAAUGCUGGAUAUCAUUGACCAGGGAAAGAGCGCCGGUGGCCCCAAGGGUCGCAUUUGGGCUUUGGACCCCAUCGAUGGCACUAAGGGGUUCCUCCGCGGUGGCCAGUAUGCAGUCUGCCUUGGCCUACUAGAGGAUGGUGAUGUCAAGGUUGGGGCCAUUGGCACUCCCAAUCUUCCCGUUGAUGAUGCCGCUACCAUGUCCGCUUCCAUCGGCGUCGACCAGCACAGCGGGGCCGGAAACGGAGUCCUUUUCUCGGCCAUCAAGGGUCAAGGUUCGAUCAGCAGGCCCUUGCGAAAUGGGACCCUUGCUGAAAGUAGGCCGAUUUCUAUGCGUCCAGUUCCCCAUAUUUCCCAGGCCGUCUUUUGCGAGGGAGUCGAGGCUGGACACUCUGCUCAGGAUGAUAAUGCUGCUGUCGCUCAACUGCUUGGAAUUACCGCCCCCAGCGUGCGGCUGGAUUCGCAGGCCAAAUACUGCUCGAUUGCGCGGGGAGCCGGUGAUAUCUACUUGCGAUUGCCCGUGAAGAAGGACUACCAGGAGAAAAUCUGGGAUCACGCUGCAGGUGAUCUGAUUGUCCGAGAGGCCGGUGGUCAAGUGACCGAUAUCUAUGGUCAGAGGUUGGAUUUCAGCAAGGGCAGGACCUUGGCUGUUAACAAGGGAGUGGUCGCUGCUCCCAAGACCCUUCAGGAUGAGGUUAUCAGCGCCGUUAAGAAGGUCCUUAAGCUCUAAAUGGGUUUUACGAUGGUUAUUAGUGUGGAUGAUAAAUAUAAAUGCUGGGGUGCAUUUGGUCAAAUCCCGCACGCUGGAUGUGUCUAAAAGUACAUAGAAAUAGCUACCACUCGCCAACAGAAAGAAGAGUGCUUGAAUAUACAUAUACAGAAAACCAUAACCAAUCUCCCCUCUCCCAAAUAUGUAAACAUCCAGUUUACCGGAUCUUCUUAGCCUUCAUUCUGAUUGU